UCUCGGCGGUGGAGGCGGCGGCAGCAUCCUCUCUACCUCCGCUUCCCUUCGGCCUCUUUCUCUUUCCUCUCCUUCUUUCCCUUGUUCUUCGGUCGCCCGGUCUCCCGCCCCCUCCUACGGAGGAGCUCUAGCUCUGCGAGUCAGCUGUGAUCGCGGGUGCGUCCACUUUCCGCGCCCAGAUUGUUAUUGAUCUGAAACAACCUGUAUUGUGACUGCUGGCAAGAAUUAAGGUUCCACAGCUUGUCUCUAACAGAGGGAGCACUGAUUGGGAAGCACUCAGUCAGGAAAUUAAAAGAAAGAAGCCAGAACAUACCACCAACCCUUUGAGAAUACAACAUAACAAACAUCACUAUUUUACAGCUUCCUUGAAUAGGAGACAGUACAGAGAUCUGAAGGAUGGCUGACGAGCGGAAAGAUGAAGGAAAGGCCCCACACUGGACAUCAGCCUCACUCACAGAGGCGGCCGCACACCCUCACUCUCCAGAGAUGAAAGACCAGGGUGGGGCAGGGGAAGGGCUGAGCCGCAGCGCCAAUGGAUUUCCAUACAGAGAGGAGGAGGAAGGCGCCUUUGGGGAGCACGGGUCACAGGGCACCUAUUCAGAUACCAAAGAGAAUGGCAUCAACGGAGAGCUGACCUCAGCUGACAGAGAAACAGCAGAGGAGGUGUCUGCAAGGAUAGUCCAAGUAGUCACAGCUGAAGCUGUAGCAGUCCUGAAAGGUGAGCAAGAGAAGGAAGCCCAACACAAGGAGCAGCCUGCAGCUCUGCCUUUAGCAGCUGAAGAAACAGCUCAUCUGCCACCUUCCCCACCACCGUCGCCAGCCUCAGAACAAACAGCUACAUUGGAGGAAGAAGAAGAAACUCUAGAGGGUGCGAUGGCUGAGGAAAUGAAGCCUGCUGCCUUUCCUGGGAAAGAGUGUGGGGCUGCUAAACCCUCAGACAACCACCAGGGCCUCAGUGAGGGCCGAGUGGAAUCUAGCGCAGAGGCACAGAUAGUUCCAGAAGACAGUGCCCUGGCAGGGGCGCCUCAUGAGAAAAGUGUUAAAGAGGUCACGGAGGUGGCUCCAGAAGUAAAAAUCCCUUCCUCUGCCAAGGAAGAUUUACUUACAGCCUCGAAGAUGGAAUUCCCUGAGCAGCAGAAAUUGCCUUCCUCAUUCGCUGAGCCUUUAGACAAGGGAGAAAUGGAGUUUAAGAUGCCAAGUAAGCCUGGUGAAGACUUUGAACACGCUGCCUUAGUUCCUCAGCCAGAUACAAGUAAAAUUCCCCAAGAUAAAAAGGAUCUCCAAGGCCUGGAAGGAGAAAAGUUGCCUCCCAUUCCAUUUGCGCAGACUUUUGGUACCAACGUGGAAGACAUAAAACAGAGCACAGAACCAAGCAUAGCAGUGCCUAGCAUUGGCCUCUCGGCAGAGCCCCUAACUCCAAAAGAGCCGAAAGACUGGUUCAUCGAAAUGCCCAUGGAAUCAAAGAAGGAUGAAUGGGGCUUAGCUGCCCCAAUAUCUCCUGGCCCCUUGACACCCAUGAGGGAAAAAGAUGUGCUGGAGGAUAUUCCAAGAUGGGAAGGGAAGCAGUUUGACUCGCCCAUGCCGAGCCCCUUCCAUGGUGGAAGUUUCACUCUACCCGUAGACACUAUGAAGAAUGAGAGAGUCACAGAAGGGUCACUACCCUUUGCCCCUGUCUUCUUCCAAUCAGAUGACAAAGUGUCUCUGCAGGACACCAGUGUCCUAACUACUUCCAAAGAGAGUUCUAAAGAUGAGGAGCCACAAAAAGAUAAAGCAGACAAAGUGGCAGAUGUCCCUGUCUCAGAAGCUACCACUUUACCCGGAGAUGUUCAUACUGCUGGUGUGGAAGGCUAUGCCAGGGAGACCAUUUCAGGAGAAGAAAAGGGUACCACAGAUCAAGAGAAAAAAGAGACUUCUGCACCCAGUGUACAGGAACCUACACUCACUGAAACUGAACCACAGACAAAGCUUGAAGACAAAUCAAUGGUUUCCAUUGAAGAAGCUCUGGCAAAAGAAGAGGAAUCCUUGAAAUUAAGAGAUGAUAAAACAGAAGUGAUUCAGACUUCCACUGAGCAUGCUUUCUCCAAGGAAGACCAGAAAGGCCAAGAACACACAAUUGAUGAGUUGAAACAAGAUUCCUUCCCUAUAAGUCUAGAACAAGCAGUUACAGAUGCAGCCAUGACCUCCAAGACCUUGGAAAAAGUUACAUCUGAGCCAGAGGCAGUAAAUGAAAGGAAAGAAAUCCAGGGACUUUUUGAGGAGAAAACAGAUGACAAAAAUAAGCUUGAAGGAGCUAGGUCUGCAACAAUAGCCGAGGCUGAGAUGCCACUUUAUGAAGAUAAAUCAGGGAUGUCCAAGUACUUUGAAACAUCUGCAUUGAAAGAGGAUGUGACAAGAAGCACUGAGUCGGGCAGUGAUUACUAUGAGCUGAGUGACUCGAGAGGAAGCGCCCAGGAAUCUCUUGAUACUACAUCUCCCAAGAACCAACAUGAUGAAAAGGAACUUCAGGCAAAAGCAUCCCAGCCUAGUCCUCCAGCACAGGAAGCAGGAUACAGCACUCUUGCCCAGAGUUAUACACCCGAUCAUCCACCCGAGUUACCUGAAGAACCAAGUUCUCCUCAAGAAAGAAUGUUCACUAUUGACCCCAAAGUUUACGGGGAGAAAAGGGACCUUCAUAGUAAGAAUAAGGAUGAUCUGACACUGAGUCGCAGCUUAGGGCUUGGUGGAAGGUCUGCAAUCGAACAAAGGAGCAUGUCCAUCAACUUGCCUAUGUCUUGCCUUGAUUCCAUUGCCCUUGGGUUUAACUUUGGGCGGGGCCAUGAUCUUUCCCCUCUGGCUUCUGAUAUUCUAACCAACACUAGUGGAAGCAUGGAUGAAGGAGAUGAUUACCUGCCCCCCACCACACCCGCAGUGGAGAAGAUCCCUUGCUUUCCAAUAGAGAGCAAAGAGGAAGAAGAUAAGACAGAGCAAGCAAAAGUGACUGGAGGGCAAACUAUCCAAGUUGAAACAUCCUCCGAGUCACCCUUCCCAGCCAAAGAAUAUUACAAAAAUGGUACUGUCAUGGCCCCUGACCUGCCUGAGAUGCUAGAUCUGGCAGGAACCAGGUCCAGAUUAGCUUCCGUGAGUGCAGAUGCUGAGGUUGCCAGGAGGAAAUCGGUCCCAUCAGAGGCUGUGGUUGCAGAGAGUAGUACCAGUUUGCCUCCUGUCGCUGAUGAAAGCCAAGUCACUGUAAAACCAGACAGUCAACUUGAAGACAUGGGAUACUGUGUGUUCAAUAAGUACACAGUCCCUCUUCCAUCACCAGUUCAAGACAGUGAAAAUUUGUCGGGCGAGAGUGGCUCAUUUUAUGAAGGAACCGACGACAAAGUCCGUAGAGAUUUGGCCACUGACCUUUCACUAAUUGAAGUGAAACUUGCAGCUGCUGGAAGAGUCAAAGAUGAGUUCACUGCUGAGACAGAGGCAUCUCCGCCCACUUCUGCUGACAAAUCAGGACUGAGUAGGGAGUUUGACCAUGACAGGAAAGCUAAUGACAAGCUGGACACUGUCCUAGAAAAAAGUGAAGAGCACAUUGAUUCAAAAGAACAUGUGGAGGAGUCAGAAGAGAUUCGGGAUAAAGUAGAGCUCUUCGGAUUAGGUGUAACCUAUGACCAAACCUCCACCAAAGAACUGAUGGCAACUAGAGAUACAUCACCUGAGAAAUCAGAGAAAGGUCUCAGUUCAGUGCCAGAGGUAGCUGAGGUAGAACCAACCACAAAGGCUGAUCAGUGUCUAGAUUUUGCUGCAAAGAAAGCUGAGCAGAGCCAGUUAGAUAUAAAAGUCAGUGACUUUGGCCAGAUGGCUUCUGGGAUGACUGUAGAUGCUGGGAAAGCCAUAGAACUUAAGUUUGAGGUGGCUCAGGAGCUAGCUGACUCAUCCGAAGCACCUCAAGAAGCAGAUUCAUUCAUGGGCGUUGAGUCCAGCCACGCGAAGGAAGGCGUCAAAGUCAGUGAAACAGAAGUCAAAGAGAAGGUGACAAAGCCUGACCUGGUGCAUCAGGAGGCUGUGGACAAAGAAGAGUCCUAUGAGUCUAGUGGUGAGCAUGAAAGCCUCACGAUGGAGUCCCUGAAACCUGAUGAGGGCAAGAAAGAAACAUCUCCAGAGACAUCACUGAUUCAAGAUGAAGUUGCCCUCAAACUAUCUGUAGAAAUUCCUUGCCCACCUCCAGUUUCUGAGGCUGAUUCAUCCACAGAUGAGAAGGCUGAGGUCCAAAUGGAGUUUAUUCAGCUGCCAAAGGAAGAGAGCACGGAGACUCCGGAUAUACCUGCCAUACCUUCGGAUGUCACCCAGCCACAGCCUGAAGCAAUUGUGUCUGAACCAGCAGAGGUCGCCAGUGAGGAAGAAGAGAUAGAAGCUGGGGGAGAGUAUGACAAAAUGCUCUUCCGCUCAGAUACCCUCCAGAUCAGCGACCUGCUUGUCCCAGGAAGUAGGGAGGAGUUUGUGGAGACCUGCCCAGGUGAGCACAAGGGUGUGGUUGAGUCUGUGGUGACCAUCGAAGAUGAUUUCAUCACUGUAGUACAAACCACAACUGACGAGGGGGAGUCAGGCUCCCACAGUGUGCGCUUUGCAGCUCCAGCUCAGCCUGAAGAAGAAAGGAGACCAUGCCCUCAUGAGGAAGAGCUGGAAGUAGAGAUGGCAGCAGAAGCCCAGGCAGAACCCAAGUAUGGAUCUCCAGAUGCUCCGGCUACCCCUGAGAAAGAAGAGGUUGCGUUCUCAGAAUACAAAACAGAAACCUACGAUGAUUACAAAGACGAGACCACCAUUGAUGACUCCAUUAUGGACGCUGACAGCCUGUGGGUGGACACUCAAGAUGAUGAUAGAAGCCUCUUGACAGAGCAGUUAGAAACUAUUCCUAAAGAGGAGAGAGCUGAGAAGGAAGCUCGGAGACCGUCUCUCGAGAAACAUAGAAAAGAAAAGCCUUUUAAAACCGGGAGAGGCAGAAUUUCCACUCCUGAAAGAAAAGUAGCUAAAAAGGAACCUAGCACGGUCUCCAGGGAUGAAGUGAGAAGGAAAAAAGCAGUUUAUAAGAAGGCUGAACUUGCUAAAAAAUCAGAAGUUCAGGCCCACUCUCCUUCCAGGAAACUCAUUUUAAAACCUGCUAUCAAAUACACUAGACCAACUCAUCUCUCCUGUGUUAAGCGGAAAACCACAGCAGCAAGUGGUGAAUCAGCUCAGGCGCCCAGUGCAUUUAAACAGGCGAAGGAUAAAGUCACUGACGGAAUAACCAAGAGCCCAGAAAAACGUUCUUCCCUCCCAAGACCUUCCUCCAUCCUCCCUCCUCGCAGGGGUGUAUCGGGAGACAGGGAGGAGAACUCCUUCUCUCUCAACAGCUCCAUCUCUUCAGCACGACGGACCACCAGGUCAGAGCCAAUUCGCAGAGCAGGAAAAAGUGGCACCUCAACACCUACUACCCCUGGAUCUACUGCAAUCACUCCUGGCACUCCCCCAAGCUACUCUUCACGUACCCCUGGCACCCCUGGAACCCCAAGCUAUCCCAGGACACCAGGAACCCCCAAAUCUGGCAUCUUGGUGCCCAGUGAGAAGAAAGUCGCCAUCAUUCGCACACCUCCUAAGUCCCCAGCUACUCCUAAGCAGCUUCGGCUGAUUAACCAACCACUGCCUGACCUGAAGAAUGUCAAAUCUAAGAUCGGAUCAACCGACAACAUCAAAUACCAGCCUAAGGGUGGUCAGGUACAAAUUGUUACUAAGAAGAUAGACUUAAGUCAUGUGACAUCCAAAUGUGGCUCUCUAAAGAACAUCCGUCACAGACCAGGUGGUGGACGUGUGAAAAUUGAGAGUGUAAAACUGGAUUUCAAGGAAAAGGCCCAAGCUAAAGUUGGCUCACUUGACAAUGCUCACCACGUACCUGGAGGCGGUAAUGUGAAGAUUGAUAGCCAAAAGUUGAACUUCAGAGAGCAUGCAAAGGCCCGCGUUGACCAUGGGGCUGAGAUCAUCACCCAGUCCCCAAGCAGGUCGAGUGUGGCAUCACCCCGACGCCUCAGCAAUGUCUCCUCUUCUGGAAGCAUCAACCUGCUCGAAUCCCCUCAGCUUGCCACUUUGGCUGAGGAUGUCACUGCAGCGCUUGCUAAGCAGGGCUUGUGAAUACUUGUCAUUUAGCACUGGAGUAACACGUAGGCAUGAGCUCUUGGCAGGAGUGGGCUCUGAGCAGGUGUCAUAUUCAUUCUUUACAAACCAUAGAUAAAUAAUCUCAUCCCCCAACUGUAGUAAUUGUUACAAUUUUAUAUAAAAAAAUGAAUAGUAUAUGCAGAAAAUGACCUGAAUUCCAUCCGCAACAAGAACACAUGGCUUUACAUGGAUACAAUUGGACAAUUAUUUUCGCUCUGCUCUGUUUUGCAUGGAGUAUUAUUAUUAUUAUUUUUAAAAUUGCAUUUUUACCUUUCAUGUGCCUGAAGGCUAUCCAAUACAUUCUGAAAGGCCUUGUUAAAAAUCCAAGCUGCUCAUUUCCCUAUUCUGUUUAUGGUUGAAAAGAUUAAAAACUACCCAUUGUCACUUACUACAGGUUCAAUGACAUCAAGGAGUCUGAUUGCAGGAAGGAAAGAGCAUGUAAGAAACACAUUUUUUUAAAGUGUUAUUUUGUAUAAAUGGGAAGAAAGAUGCAACUAAGUUAUUGACGCUUGGGACCUGGAUGAUUUUAUCAGAGUAUGCCAUUCCAAUCAAUUAUUUAACUAAAAGUUAGAUUUAAAGCAUUUGAGCAUUGGUUGAAGAAGUGGUAUCAAAGUGCAUCUCUUAGGAUUGAUGCACUUUCGUUAGAAUGGGCUUGUGUCUGAUUAGAAUGUCAGUUGAUUGGCUAGAUUUGUGUCCACACAAUCAGUUUCACACCCCCAUUCCAUCUGUUUGAUACAGUAUUAUAGAUAUAAAUAUAUAUAUAUUUCUCUGUGGCCAUUUGUGAUACUUCCUCAUAUACUUGAAUAUGAUACUUCUUUAUUCACAGUAUCUGUGUCUCCUGCACCCUUUGGUGUUGCAAUUUUAGGUAUGUGAAAGUAGAUGUUAGCAGGGUUCUCUCCCUAUUUAAAAAUACAUUUUAAAAAGACAACGAGUUUUAGCAUGAAGUUGCUUUCUGUAACAACUCAAAGCUGUAACCCUGUUUUAGUGCCAGAAUCAAGUCUUUCCUGUGAUGCUAGAACAUUUUACUUUCCUUUGCUUCCACCAACAUGGAGUUUGUGGAGUGGGUCCAGGGGUUUACAGAUGUUGGUUUAAUGAUUAUGGAUUUAUCUCAUGUUUAAUCACUGAAAAGUUUGGGUUUAAUCCCUCUAAUUAUUCGUGACACCAAUCUCUUACUAUUCAUUACCUCUUUCUUCUAUUUCCUUUUUCUAUUUGCUAAAGUUGAAAGUAGGAAAAAUAAUUUUGAAUAUCUUUUCUUGUUCUCCAAAUAUUAUCUGUUCAUUAAAUUCUGUAAUAGAACAUAUUAGGCUUAAUUACCCCAAAAAACUCUUGAUCAAAAAUGAGAAGUACAACAUAUUAAGAAGCUAUAUAUGUAAAACUUUUGAGACACAGAUAUCUAAACCCAUCUCUCCAGGAUUCUUCAUGAGCAUGGAACAUGGUAUUACUUAUUUAUGAGUAAAUACUGUUUUUUCUUGUUUUAUAUACAAUCUAGACAUCACAAUUCAGUUAAUUUCAUUUGCAAAUCAUACUUAGUGAAUAAGUAAUAGUCAAUUGCCCCCAAAUAAGACAACACAUAAUCAUACCGAGUGGACUUUUUUCUUAAUAUUUAAUUUGUUCUUUUUCUUGCUUGGGAUUGGUUCUUCAGAUGGAAUCUGAAGCGUUAAUGUGAAAAGUUGUCUAGGUGUUUUAUGUGUCUGAAAUAAACCAAGUCUUGUAUAUAAAGGAGAAGGUAAACCUGAACAAGACAGAGAGGUGCAGGCAAAAGGCAGAGAGGCUAAGACAGAAGGCAAAAGGAUGCAAAAGCAGAGAGAAACGGGGCAGUUUAGUGACCCAUUGAGUAUUAUGGCCAAUGUGACAGAAAGUUUAGCAUAAAACCAAGACAGUCUUCAUGGCUAAUAUGUAGACAUACACACACACACACACACACACACAAACACACACACACACACACCAUGUCUUUGUAAAUUGAUCAUUUUUUAUAUAACUUCAAAACUACUGAAUAAUGGUUGUUUUCAGUCUGGACAACUCAGUCCUUAGCUUCUCUUGAAAUGCACAAGAAAGGGAAGAGGGAAUGACUGUGUGUGGAGAAGUACAGUCUUUUCUUACAGGUUUUGAUAGACAAGGAUUAAAGUUGCCUAGGAAAAAAGUUAACAGAUGAUCCAUGUGGUUUUAAACUAUGCAAGAAAUAAUUUCAACCCAGUUUAUUAUAAAAAUUAAGGCUAAGUAAAUGUUUUCUAUGUGUUAAAAUUCAGUCUCUUAUGAUAUGUGCUCAAAAUAAAAUUAUGUAAGCCCCAAUGUUAAUCGAUCUAGCACUAAAAUAAUCAUUUUUUCUAUAGAUCUAAAACUAAAAUAAUCAUUUUUUCUAAUGUCAAAACAAUUAUAAUGGAUGUAAGUCCUUGUUCUAUGUGAAAAUGUGACUCUAUGAAGUUAACACAAGAAGGACCUGAAUUUUUGUAGCCAACAGAGAAAUGCACAGACUAAAAUCAUUUCCUUAUGGGAACUUGGGAUGGAUGCCACCUUACCUACUCUCUUAAGAUAAUGACUCAAAUUAAGCUUUUUGGACACCACUUUUGUGGGGAUACACAUACGCUGAUCUAGAAAUGAAAGGCGCGCAACUCCAUUUCUAGAUCCACUAAUGCCAGUUUCUCUCUGGCUUCGGCCUUUGAGAACCUGUUUAAGAAUACGUAAGUAUCCAGAGCUCUCAAGAGUUCGAAGGCCAACCUUUUCAGUGAACUCACACACUCUGGGUCUCCUGCAACUGACAAUUGGGUACCUUGCAACAAUGCAGGAAGGAUCCGAGUUUAUGAUGAGUUUCGAAGGCCAUGUUCACUUAGGAACUGACUCUCUCUGGAUCUGCCUGCUGCAUUCCAGCAGGAUGACUGGCUGAAAUCCCGCCCAUAGGAAAGACACCUGUGCAAUUCCAGUUCAGUUUGGCUGAAGGUAGCUGAAGGAAGAGGACCAGUAAACGGAAGAAUAGACUACAGCUGUACUUCUCCACACACAAUCACACAGAUGUCAGGUAGAAGAGAGAUCAGAAGCCAAAUGUAGCAUUAUGUCAGUAGUAGUUAAGAAAUGGUAUAAAUGUGAAUGAUUUUGACUUAGCUGAAUUUAUACUUUUCCUCUCAUAUUUCAUGCCACAGGAAAGAAAAGAAAUGAUUUGUGGUAGAAGUAGCAAAGUAAAAGUAGAUUAAUCAUUUGGAAAGGCAAAUUUCAGGCAUUUCUUCGAGAUUGGUGUGUGUCCUAAAAUUAAUACUGAUGUUUGUGUUUUUGCACCUAGAAGUUUUAGCCCAGAUAUGUAGAUUGAGACCAAGUCCCUCUGUAGGAAAAGAUUAUUUUUUAAAACCAGUAAGAAAUUUUUAAAAAAAGCCAAUCAUGAAAGUCCACUUCAACUUUAGCAAAAAGGGGGAAAAAUCAACAAAAAGUAUACUCUGUAUGCUGGGAUCCCAAGGUUCCAACACACCAUCUGUGGGGGGUGGGGUUCUUUCUUCUGAUAAUUCUAGAGCCUGUUACCAUAGAAAGGUAUUUCUUCAGUGGCUGGUUGUAGUUAGUUCAUGUUUUUCAAUCAAUUUGCAAAUGUAUUUG